UACUUCUGCUGAAACCUUCCUGGAUAAUCAGUGCAGUGAAGAGGAGAAAUUAAUGGACACAAGUUCUAGUCUUGCACAUUAGAAAAAGGCUUUUCUUAUCUUUUUAUUUUAGAAAAGUUGUGCAUAAUGGCCCAAAAUCCCACUGGACUCUGAAGAGCUUUUUAUGAAGAGGCUCUAUCACUGAAACACUUUUGACAUUAUUAAUGCAAUCCUGACAUUUUUUUCUUCAAAGCCUCAUCGAAAGAGUCUGAUAUUAGACAAAAAGAACUCAGACGACUUCAUGCAGACUUCAGAAGAAAAGAUAAAAGUGAGACCUCUUCAUCUCUCAUCAUCGUCUUCCAGUAUUCAGCUCCUCACUGGGCUUUUUGUUGAAGAUGAGAAACCCAUUUAUGACUCUGAGAAAUUGCACAUCCUGGCAUUAAGGUAUCAUGAUCCGCUGGCUGCUUGUAGAGGAUGAGAUCAUCUGAAUACAAAGUUUGAUUUUUUUUCUGGGGAGAAAUGGUGAACUGGAGCUCGUAGAUCAUCAGGAUUCUUAGUGAUGAACUAAAAUCAUGGACAACAUCACAGGUAAUAACACUACAACUCCAUCUUGGAAUGAGGCCACACUCCUCAGCCUUCAGGUCUCGCUCUACGUGGUGUUAGCAGUCGUCACCCUGGUAACCGCUCUCUCAAAUGCCUUCGUCAUAGCCACCAUCUUUCUGACCAGAAAGCUCCACACACCUGCCAACUUCCUCAUAGGCUCUCUCGCCAUCACAGACCUGCUGGUGUCUAUCUUGGUCAUGCCCAUAAGCAUAGUGUAUACCGUAACAAAAACCUGGUCGCUGGGACAGAUUGUUUGUGACAUCUGGCUCUCAUCUGAUAUCACCUUCUGCACUGCCUCCAUUUUGCAUCUGUGUGUUAUUGCCCUGGACCGCUACUGGGCCAUUACAGAUGCACUGGAGUACUCCAAGCACCGCACCAUGCGUAGGGCGGGGAUGAUGGUUGGGGUUGUUUGGGUGAUUUCUAUUUCUAUUUCCAUGCCUCCACUUUUCUGGCGGCAGGCCAAAGCGCAGGGGGAGCUUACAGAGUGUGUAGUGAAUACAGAGAAGAUCUCUUACACCCUAUAUUCCACCUUCGGUGCCUUCUACGUUCCCACAGUGCUUCUCAUCAUCCUCUAUGGAAGGAUCUACGUUGCUGCCCGCUCUCGUAUUUUCAAGACCCCAUCAUCCGGGAAGCGCUUCACAACGGCACAGCUCAUCCAGACAUCUGCAGGCUCCUCUCUCUGUUCUCUUAAUUCUGCCUCCCACCAGGAAGCACACCUACACUCUGGCAAUGCAGGAGGUAUUGGGGGUGGAGGGGGAGGCUCGCCUGUGUUCAUGAACAGUGUUAAAGUGAAGCUGGCAGACAGCGUGCUGGAGAGGAAACGUCUGUGUGCGGCACGGGAGAGAAAAGCCACCAAGACGCUGGGCAUUAUUCUGGGAGCGUUCAUCAUCUGUUGGCUCCCAUUUUUUGUCAGCACACUCGUCAGCGCGAUAUGUACAAGCUGUUGGUUCAGUCCGGUGCUGUUCGAUGUCUUCACAUGGCUGGGAUACCUAAACUCACUAAUCAACCCUGUCAUCUACACCGUGUUCAAUGACGACUUUAAGCAGGCCUUUCAGAAGCUCAUUAAAUGCAGACAGAGCUUUUAGGAGGUAGAACCGGAUAAAACUGGCAAACCCUAAAAAAAUGGGUAGAUGAAUAGAAGAAAGGACAAUGAAAAUAGUAUAAGUAUAUCUAAAUAGACUUGAAACUGAAUUUAUUUCAGUGAUUUAACUUACAAACUGAACUCAUGUUUUAAAUAGACGUAUUGCAUAAAGAGUUUCCAGCCAUUAUUUUUCUUUGUUUUGAUGAUUCUGGCUUAAAGCUCAUGAAAAACCCAAAUUCAAUUUGUUACAUUACAUAUUGAAAUACAUUAUAUAUUAGGUUUCUACCAAAGAUGUGAGCUUUCUUACAGUAUGUCCAUGCACCAUGCAGUUUAUGCACUCAUAUUUGGUUGGGGCUCCUUUUGCAUUAAAUACUGAUGAUCAGCCUGUGAAUCUGUUUAAGUUUUCCAAAGGGUUUUCUUGCUUUAUGGCCCUCUGCACCUCUGAUAUAUCCCAUUUUCCCAUAAAAAGACUGUACUUUUGCUUGGACCAGUCAGCUGGAUAAUUAAGGACAAAGGUCAUUAAAGCAUCUUCUGGUAUCUUAGACAACGUGAAUAGUUUCCAAGUCCUCAGUAAACAUUUUUAUUAGUGUACCUAUAAAGCUUACCAGCAGAGGGGAGAAUAAGGAGGUCCUAAAUAUCCAGUUAGACAUCGAUACUGACUUUAAUUCUUAAUUUAAAUUUUUAAACUCUCAAAUAUUACUUUUAUUAGCCAUAAAGAUUCUUGAUUCUUGAAAAUGUAGAUUCACCUUUUUGAAAAAAGAUUUUGUAUGGAGUUAUUUUGUGUUUUUAUGAAGUUCUAUAAAAAAGCUAUCUGAAAUGGGAAAUCAUUUUGAAAGUAAAAUAAAUAUAUUGGAAAGAAAAACUUUUUUUAUUAUUUUUUUUAAUUUGAUAAAAAAAAAAAAUUGACACCAUAAUUCAGGCCUCAUAAUCACCAAGUCCCAGCUUAUUCUUUUUUUGAACCUAAGGUGUUGGUGAUGUGUUGCUCGUCAGCAGUUGACAAGCAAUACAAGGAAACAAAAAUAAUAAACAUGGUUUCACCCUGUGACACAUAAAUCCUCUCCAGAGUGUCCCCGCAGUCAAGAACAUGGCUGUUAGGUUAACUGGUAUCUCUGUCCCAGUGACCGCCAGACAUAGGUGGGAUCGGCAGGUGAAGACGAUAGAUGACUAUACAAAUGAAAACCCCAGAGGAUUCAAAACAAUCAGAAACAUUAAGGUCAUUAGAAAGAUGUUUUACUGUUAACAACAUAGUAGAUAAAUCAUUGAUAAUUUGAUUUAACCCCUAAAGAUACUAUACAUAUACAUUCACUCAGCACCUCCCAUUGCUUUCACAGACUUGCCUGAACAAUCAGAACAGGGAUUAAAAUUUCAAUUGCUGCAGAGAAACUGAGAAGCCAAUAAUAUGGCAAGAAUAUGUCAUUUAAAGAAUAUUCCUUGCAACAUUCUGUGGUCACAAAGAGCCAUUAAGCUACAAGACAGAUGCUUUUUGCACCAUUUUUCCUCUUUCUCAUACAAAUUACUUUUACAGUUUUGUUUAAUAGUUUACCUUAUAUUUUUGAUACAAUAAAACUUUACCUGGUCUGAUUUAUUUUAAGGACAUUGAGUACAGGUAGGUCAUGAUGUUAGGAGCUGCUUUAUAUUUUGUUUGACAGGUGGCACAGCUCUGUGACAAUGACUGCUGUUCUUCUUAAAUAUUAAUUUUUUUUACUUUUAGUUUUUACAUUUCAGAAUUUGACCCACCCAAAUUUGGAACAUUAUUUCAACCUUAAAAAACUCACAAAAGAAGGAAGGCAAUUAAUAGAGUUUUAUUGAAACAGCUUGUGCUUCUCUUCCACUAUGGUUGGGAAUUCAUAAGAAUUUCACAAUUCUGACUCCUUUAUC